AAAUGAUUUUAAAAGGUGGUUUCAUACUGAUAAAGGUUGGGUUGAGAAAACUGUAAACGCUCUGAAUAAAGGACUCAGCGAUUGAGCACAAGAUCCAGUGAUCUGAACAUCUCAGCUUCAGUCGUCACAACAGAAAUGAUGCUGUUUCUCGCGGCUCUGCUCUCUGUUUUCACGGGGUUUGUUGUGUCCGUUCCUGAUGGAUUCAAGCCGGUCGACUGUUCUGACCUUUAUAAAGCAGGACAAACAGUCAGUGGGAUUUACUCCAUCUAUCCAGCAGGUGACACUCCUGUCUGGGUUUACUGUGACAUGAUCUCAGGUGGGAAAGAUGAAGACAACGGAGGAUGGACGGUGAUUCAGAGACGAAUGGAUGGCAGUAUUAAUUUUUAUCAGCCGUGGAAAGAGUACAAGAGAGGAUUCGGGACCACCGAGGGCGAAUACUGGCUGGGGCUGGAGAACAUGUACCAGCUGACACGUAACAGGAAGUACAUGCUGAGAGCGGAUCUGGAGGACUUUGACGGAAGGAAAGGUUUUGCUCUGUACUCGUCCUUCUCUGUGGGUCCUGAAACUGACGGGUAUAAACUGCAUGUUUCAGGAUUCAAGGAUGGAGGAGCAGGCGACUCUUUAUCUGACCAUAAUGAUCAGAAGUUCUCCACCUUUGACAAAGACCAAGACUCCAACGCAGAUAACUGUGCUCAAGAGUUUCUGGGGGCAUUUUGGUACAAACAUUGUCUCAAAGCAAACCCCAACGGUGUGUAUUUAUGGGGAGAAGAUGACACCCAUUUAAGCAUUGGUGUUGUUUGGUCAACCUGGAAGAAUUAUGCUGUCAGUAUGAAAUCCAUCAGCAUGAAGAUCAAACGUGUGUCUUAGGAAUUGUAAUGUUUCCAGAAGCAAUCAUGUAACAAGGUUUAAUGUUGUGCUUUCCUUCCUUAACCAUGCAACUGAGUAAACCAAUGAUGUUGUCUUUA